UAUAUACUUUAACUUCUUCUUUUACAAUAGGAAACAGAAAUAUGCUAGAAAGUUCAAGACAAAGAUUUAUUACUUACUAGCAUCUUCCACUUCCUCCACAUACACUCCAUAAUUUCAACACUUCAGUUCUUUCUAUCGAUAGUUCAGACUCGAGAGAGAAAACAAAAAAAAAAAAAAAAUGGAAGGCGGCAACAACAACAACAACAACAGUAAGAGAGAGAAAGAGGAAAUCGUGGAUGUGAGGUCGGUGGUUGAAGCGGUCUCCGCCAACGACGCCGAUAUCGCCCCUCUUUACCAACUCGAAAGUCUCUGUAUGCGUUGCCACCAAAAUGGAAUCACAAGGUUCCUAUUGACAUUAAUUCCACAUUUUCGAAAGAUUUUGUUGUCAGCCUUUGAAUGUCCACAUUGUGGUGAGAGGAACAAUGAAGUUCAAUUUGCAGGCGAGAUUCAACCUCGGGGGUGUUGCUACCGCCUUGAAGUCCCUUCGGGUGAUCCAAAGAUGCUUAACCGUCAAGUAGUGAAGUCUGAAUCUGCAACGAUUAAGAUUCCUGAAUUGGAUUUUGAGAUUCCUCCCGAGGCUCAACGUGGAUCUCUGUCAACAGUGGAGGGCAUAUUGGUACGAGCUGCAGAUGAGUUGCAGGCCCUUCAAGAAGAACGCAAGAAAGUGGAUCCUCAGACUGCCGAAGCCCUAGACCAGUUUUUGUUGAAACUGAAAGCUUGUGCAACAGGAGAUUCAUCUUUUACCUUUAUCCUGGACGAUCCUGCUGGAAACAGCUUCAUCGAGAACCUGUAUGCUCCAUCCCCAGACCCAUCUUUGAGUAUCAAAUUCUAUGAGCGAACUCCAGAUCAACAAGCAACAUUGGGAUAUUCUGUUGACCCUUCACAGUUGGGAGAUCAUCGUGAGGGAACAUCAAUGGAGCAAAUAAGUGGUGCUUCUGAUGAAGUAAGAAGAGAGCCACAUGGAUCCGUUGGAGCAACAGCUGCUCAUCGGGCUAUUGCUCAGAGUAAUACUGCAGAGAUUGUGGAUACUGUAUUUCGAUACACUGCACCAGAAGAGGUGAUGACUUUCCCAUCAACCUGUGGAACUUGUGGCAUCGCGUGUGAGACUCGAAUGUUUGUUACUAAAAUUCCCUACUUCCAAGAAGUAAUCGUCAUGGCAUCCACUUGCGAUGCUUGUGGUUACCGCAAUUCUGAGUUAAAGCCUGGUGGGCGAGUUCCUGAAAAAGGGAAGAGAAUUUCUCUCACUGUGAGGAACAAUAAAGAUCUUAGUCGUGAUGUAAUAAAGUCAGAUACUGCAGGUGUGAAGGUCCCAGAGCUUGACUUGGAGUUGGCUAGUGGCACUUUAGGGGGAGUUGUUACAACUGUUGAGGGUUUGAUUACAAAAAUUAGUGAAAGUUUAGAGAGAGUGCAUGGAUUUACUUUUGGCGAUAGUCUAGAUAAUCAUAAAAGAAGCAAAUGGGAAGACUUCAAAGCAAGGCUAGAUAAGCUCCUGAGUUUGGAAGAGCCAUGGACUUUAAUACUCGAUGAUGCUCUAGCAAAUUCCUUCAUUGCGCCAGUGACUGAAGAUUUUAAAGAUGACCAUCAAUUGACAUUUGAGGAAUAUGAGAGGUCGUGGGAGCAGAACGAGGAAUUGGGUCUAAAUGAUAUUGAUACCUCAUCGGCUGAUGGCGCAUAUCACUCAACUGAUACAACAAUGCAAGUAAAAACAGAAGUAUAAAUUUCUCUGCUUUCAUGGUUUACCUUGUUUUUUUUUUUUUUUUUUUUUUUUUUUUUUUUUUUUUUUUAAAGGGAAAGGUAAAGAUUAUCUUUAAGUUUGAUUUUAAGCAGUGCCCUCAAUUGUAACUUAUGUUUACUAAUAAAAUUUGGAUGUAAACUGGCCCCUUAGCAAGGAUGUUUAAAUAUAAAAAAAAUCAUGUCAUUGAACUUCAACAACAAAUUAUGAUUGUUGUGUAAUCCUUCCACCUCAACUUGAAAGAAAGUGGCUGAUAUUUUACAAGUGGAAAGAAAAAUCUAUAAUGUGGUAUUAUGUAAUGAAUCAAUGGUAAAUGAUUUUGUAGUGACUA